GUCGGGUGGAGCCGGCCGUAGCGUGGCGGCUGGGGGCUUUACGUUCCAGCUCGUGCGGUUUGCGCUGCCCUCUCAGCGUCAUGGCCAAGGCCGCCAACGUGGUGCGGCUGCUCCUGGGCAACACGGUGCUGUGGCUCUCGCUGCUGCGCUCCGGGACGGCCUCCGCGUCCAAGGCGGUGACGGCUCACUUGGCCGCCAAGUGGCCCGAGACUCCGCUGCUGCUCGAAGCCAGUGAAUUUUUGGCAGAAGAAAGUAAUGAAAAAUUUUGGCAGUUUUUGGACACUGUAAAAGAACUAGCAAUUUAUAAGCAAACAGAGUCCGAUUAUUCUUAUUACAACUUAAUCCUGAAGAAAGCUGGACAAUUUUUGGACAAUUUACAUAUCAAUCUCUUGAAGUUUGCUUUCUCUAUAAGAGCAUACUCACCAGCUAUUCAGAUGUUUCAGCAGAUUGCAGCUGAUGAGCCGCCACCAGAUGGGUGUGACGCAUUUGUCGUUAUCCAUGAGAAACACACCUGUAAAAUUAAUGAGAUUAAAAAGCUGCUGAAGAAGGCUACUUCAAGGCCUAGACCUUACCUUUUUGAAAGGGAUCAUAAGUUUCCUACAGACAAAGAGAACUUACCAGUGAUUAUUCUGUACGCAGAAAUGGGUACCAGGUCAUUUGGGAAAUUUCACACAGUAUUGUCUGAAAAAGCUCAAAAUGGGGAAAUUCUGUAUGUUCUUCGUCAUUAUAUUCAGAAACCAGCAUCACGGAAAAUGUACUUAUCUGGCUAUGGUGUGGAACUGGCAAUUAAGAGUACAGAAUACAAGACGCUGGACGAUGCCCAAGUUAAAACCGUGGCUAAUGCUAUUGUUGAAGAUGAAGUUGAAACAAACGAAGUUCAAGGAUUUCUCUUUGGGAAACUAAAAGAAAGGUAUUCAGCUCUCAGAGAGAAUCUGACGGCGUUCCAGACGUACCUGAUUGAGAGCAACAAGGAAAUGACGCCUCUGAAAGUCUGGGAGCUACAGGAUCUUAGUUUUCAAGCAGCUUCUCAAAUAACGGCCGCUCCAGUUUAUGAUGCCUUAAAAGUAAUGAAGGACAUUUCACAGAACUUCCCCAUAAAAGCCAGGACUCUGACCAAAGUUGCUGUAAAUCAACAUAUGAAGAAGGAAAUACAGAAAAAUCAGCAGGAGCUGAUCAACCGAUUCGAAAUCCACCCGGGGGAUGCUUGUCUGUACAUAAAUGGCCUUCAUGUGGACGUCGAUGCCCAUGACCCUUUUAGUAUGUUGGACAUGCUGAAGCUGGAAGGAAAGAGGAUGAACGGCCUUCGGAAACUCGGGGUCAGCAGAGAAGACAUGAGCGAAUUUUUAACAUUGAAUUCACGCGUUAGAGACAGUAACUAUGUAUUAGACAUUAGGCAUUCUUCAAUAAUAUGGAUUAACGACUUAGAAAGUGACGGUUUCUAUGCUGCCUGGCCUGCAAGUUGCCAGGAACUUCUGAAACAAGUAUUCCCUGGAAAAAUACCUUCCAUAAGGCGUAAUUUUCAUAACUUGGUUCUGUUUCUUGAUCCUGCUCAAGAACAAACCUUGGAUUUUAUAAAACUUGCUGAAGCGUUAUAUUAUCAUCAGAUUCCUCUCAGAAUUGGUUUUGUGUUCAUCGUUAAUACGGAUGAUAAGGUUGACGGAACGAGGGAUGCUGGAGUUGCGCUUUGGCGGGCUUUCAACUACGUUGCGGAGGAGUAUGACGUCUCACAAGCGUUCAAAUCCAUCGCACAUAUGUACCAAAAAGUGAAGAAUCAAAAUAUACUCACUGUGGACAAUGUGAAGAGUGUUCUCCAAAAUAAAUUUCCUCGUGCUAAUAUUUUGGAUAUUUUGGGAAUUUAUUCUAGAUAUGAUGAUAAAAGAAAGGCAGGAGCAAGCUUCUAUAAGAUGACCGGCCUGGGCCCUCUGCCUCAAGCUCUUUAUAAUGGUGAACCCUUCAACUAUGAGGAGCCGGAUAUUCAAGAACUAGAGACAGCUCUCCUUCAGAAAAUGAUGGAUACGACCAUAUAUUUACAGAAGGAAGUUUUCAUGGGCACAUUAAAUGACGGAACAAAUGCAGUUGAUUUCCUUAUGGAUAAAAAUAAUGUUGUACCUCGUAUAAAUCACUUGAUUUUGUACACCGAAUGGCAGCACCUUAAUUUAAUAUCUACAUCAGUAACUGCAGAUGUUGAAGAUUUCUCCACUUUCUCUUUCUUGGAUUCACAAGAUAAGACUGCUGUAAUUGCAGAGAACAUGUAUUAUUUAACCCAAAAAGAUGAAAAUGUAAUUUCCUCAGUUACUCUCUGGAUUGUGGCUGAUUUUGACAAGCCAUCUGGGAGGAAACUGCUUCUGAAUGCGUUACAGCACAUGAAAACAAGUUUUCAUAGUCGGUUGGGCAUUAUUUAUAACCCUACAUCAAAAAUAAAUGAAGAAAGCACAGCUAUUUCUAGAGGAAUUUUGGCAGCUUUUCUCACACAGAAAAACAGAUUUUUGAGAAACUUUCUCAGGAAACUGGCAAGAGAAGAAACUGCUACAGCCAUUUACUCUGGAGACAAAAUUAAAGCAUUCCUUAUUGAGGGGAUGGAUAAGAAUUCUUUUGAGAAAAAAUAUAAUACCAUUGGAGUGAGUAUUUUUCGGACCCACCAGUUGUUCUGUCGAGAUGUCCUUCACCUGCAUCCUGGAGAAAUGGGGAUUGUCAGCAAUGGGAAAUUCUUAGGACCUUUAGAUGAAAAUUUCUGUGCAGAAGAUUUCUCCUUGUUGGAAAAGAUAACAUUUACUAAUUUAGCAGAAAAUAUUAAAGACAUUGUCGAAAAUAUGGCAAUCAGCUCAAAGAACAAGAGCGACCUUGUCAUGAAAGUCGAUGCCCUUGUGUCCUCGUUGCCUCUGCGUGCACCUCGUCACGAUGUCACAUUCCUAAAAGAGAACCACAGCGUCGUAAAGACGGACCCUCAGGAAGGUGACAUGUUCUUCGAUGUCGUCGCUGUCGUUGACCCGCUGACGAGAGAAGCGCAGAUGAUGUCGCAGUUACUGAUCGUGCUUGGAAAGAUCGUCAACAUGAAGUUGAAGCUGUUCAUGAACUGCAGGGGUGAGCGCUCAGAGGCCCCUUUGAAGAGUUUUUACCGAUUUGUUCUGGAACCAGAACUGACGUCAGUGGCUAAUGGCAUCAUUGAACCAGGAGCAAAAUUCUCGGACAUCCCCGAAUCGCCUCUCCUCACCCUCAACAUGAUCACCCCCGAAGGCUGGUUGGUUGAAACAGUGCGCAGCAACUGCGACCUUGACAACAUUUCCUUGAAGGACAUAGAGGAAACAGUUACGGCAGAAUACGAACUGGAACAUCUACUACUCGAAGGACACUGCUUUGACAUGGUGACGGAACAGCCUCCUCGGGGCCUCCAGUUCACACUCGGCACCAAAGGUCGACCCGUCGCAGCUGAUACCAUAGUGAUGGCCAACCUUGGAUAUUUUCAAUUAAAAGCAAACCCAGGUGUUUGGAUACUGAAAUUACGCCAUGGAAAAUCUGAAGAUAUUUAUCAAAUAGUUGGGCACGAAGGAGCGGACUCUCGGUCGGAGCUGGGCGAUGUUGUCGUCAUGGUGAACAGCCUCAGAAGCAAAAUACUGGAAGUGCAAGUGAAAAAAAAGCCAGACAAAAUUAAGGAAGAUAUCCUUACCGAUAAAGGUGAAAAAAAAGGAAUGUGGGACUCCAUUAAAAGUUUCACAAGAAGUUGGCAUAAAGAAAAAGAUGAAAAAGAAACAGACAUUCUGAAUAUUUUCUCAGUGGCUUCUGGACAUUUAUAUGAACGCUUUUUAAGAAUCAUGAUGCUGUCUGUCUUACGUAACACCCGGACACCCGUGAAGUUCUGGUUCCUAAAGAACUACCUCUCGCCGACAUUUAAAGAGGUCAUCCCACACAUGGCGCAGGAGUAUGGGUUCCAGUAUGAGCUGGUCCAGUACAAGUGGCCCCGCUGGCUCCGUCAGCAGACAGAGAAGCAAAGGAUCAUUUGGGGCUACAAAAUUCUUUUCCUCGAUGUCCUUUUUCCGCUGGCAGUGGACAAAAUCAUUUUUGUUGAUGCCGACCAGAUUGUGAGGCACGACCUGAAAGAGCUUCGCGACUUCGACCUGGACGGAGCCCCUUACGGGUAUACCCCGUUCUGUGACAGCCGCACCGACAUGGAUGGGUAUCGUUUCUGGAAAAAGGGGUAUUGGGCAGCCCAUCUUUUAAGAAGGAAAUACCACAUCAGUGCCCUGUACGUGGUGGACCUGCAGAGGUUCCGGAAGAUCGCGGCGGGGGACAGGCUGCGGGGCCAGUACCAGGCGCUCAGUCAGGACCCAGACAGUCUUUCAAACCUGGACCAGGAUCUUCCCAAUAAUAUGAUUUACCAAGUCGCCAUUAAGUCCCUGCCUCAGGAUUGGCUGUGGUGUGAGACCUGGUGUGAUGACGAAUCCAAACAAAGAGCCAAGACCAUCGACCUGUGCAACAAUCCCAAGACAAAAGAGCCCAAACUGAAGGCCGCAGCCAGGAUCGUCCCGGAGUGGGUGGAGUAUGAUGCGGAGAUCCGACGCCUGCUGGACCGCCUGCAAAUCAGGAAGCACGAACUUUUGACACAUGAUGAACUCUAGCAUUGGCCUUUGUGACAGAGAAGAUGGAAGAAUGGUGAGGACUCUGCCACCUGCUGGGAAAGUGUGGAACUACUGCUAAGACUUUUGGAAUUUCGUACAGGAUCAGUGACAUAUCCUUCAAUUUAAAAAAGUUAAUUAUUUAAAAAUACCUGUACUUAGUGUAUUGAGUAAGUUUAAGUUAUACAAGAAAUGACCGCUGAGUAUUUAAAAUUGGAUUACUCCUCUUUCCUGACUGCCUCAAACACUGUGUUUGCACCAGCUGAAGCGCCGUUCAGCCAGGUGGCCCCCCAAGGCCCCGUCUGACUCAUGGGGUUUGCCCGACCGUCCACAUCCUUGCGUGUGCCAGCGCUGGGUGCCCGUGUGUGUUCUUGUUCGCCAAAUGCAUUCCAAGUUGGAGAAGCAUUCUGGUUUAUCUUUUGAAAAAGGAAAAGGACUCACGGUUGUCUGUGAAUAAUAAAAAUAAAUUGGGCCCAUUUACACCUUAAUUGUGGCUGUAAACGGAAGGCAUC